ACACCUGACAAGAGUGGUUCAGUGUUUGGCUACUUUCCUUCUUUCACCGCAACAGAUAAUCCCCAAUCAAAGCAUGGCAUCAGUCAUGGCGUCUCAAGCUAUCUUCUUCCCCACCUCAACCCCCAUCAAACCAAAAGCUAAAUUCAAACCCUUCUUCUCUCCCACUCCCAUUCUCAGAUUCAAUCCCAAAUCCUACACCAACCCAAUCCCCAAACUCUCCCUCAGACCCCUCUGUGCCACUCUCACCACAAACCCCCAAACCCUAUUCCCCCAAAACCCAUCUCAGCCCCCAUCGCCCCUAACCCACCUCCCAACUCGCACCCUCACCACCCUCUUCGCCAUAACCCUAGCCGCCGUCCGCAGCCUCUCAAUUUCGCUCGUCAGGUUCGGCUCCCAAUUCGGACCCUCCAUCGGAUCCGCCGCCGGGCCCCUCUUCUUUGCGGCGCUCAGGGACCGCCCGACCGGUUAUUUGAAUACCCCUUUGACGGUUGUCGCUGCCGGACUCUCCAAAUGGCUCGAUAUCUACAGUGGGGUUUUGAUGGUUAGGGUUUUGCUCAGCUGGUUCCCUAAUAUUCCUUGGGACCGUCAACCACUUUCGGCUAUUCGGGACCUCUGCGAUCCUUAUUUGAACCUCUUCCGCAAUAUAAUUCCGCCGAUUUUCGAUACCUUGGAUGUUAGUCCUCUCUUGGCUUUCGCAGUUUUGGGCACGCUUGGGUCGAUUCUCAACAACAGUAGAGGAACUUACUGAUUCCAAGAGGAAAAUUGGCGGGUUUUGUUGGUGAACCGGUUUUGAUCAAUUGGGUAAGGAAACUUAUUUGUUGUUUAGCUCAAUGUUUAGAUUUCUAUGGUUGCUCAUUUUGUGGUGGGUUAUAACACUGUAAUAACUUGAAUUCAGUAUGAAAUAUAUAAAUUUUGACAGGUUUUGUGGAAUA